AUUCUGACAGAUGACAUAUUCAUAAAGUUCGAUUCGUGUCCAUCCGGGUGUCCAUCAGGGAGUACCAUAGAACCCCUCACUUUUAGAAUUUUCAAUGGGGACUGUCCAACCUCAAAAACGCUUUUUUGGACGGCAUCAUUUUUGGAGGUUAUGUUGCACAAUAUUUACAAACAAUUGAUUUAUUUUUGAUUUCUUCAGAAAAGGAGGUAAACCAAAAUGUCUUCGAUGGAGUGUUUCCAGCCACUUUGUCCCAAGAAGCCCCAGAAGUGUAACGGUUUUAACUGUGAAAAUACCAAACUUGAAGUUUAUUAUUGCAAACAUUGUGAUUUCGUCACAGAAUUAACCGUGAUUUUCAAAAAUCACGUAAAAACGUGUCAUAACUUGACAAAAAGCUUACAGAAUGUAGAUCAAGAAUAUACCACACAGGACUACUUUUGUAGUCAGUGCAACUUUGAAACACACUCUUUGAUUAUAUAUUAUAUUAAACAUACUACGACAUGUCAGAGUUCUGUAUGGAACAACUGUGAUCAGUGUGAUUUCAAAUCCAAACGCAAACAUGCUUUAAGUAUGCACAGAAUUUCCAAGCACUCUAAUGAUAAUGAAGUAACUUGGUAUUAUUGUCCACAAUGUUCAUACAAGGCUAAAGUCAAACGCUAUGUAUACAUUCAUACCCGUGCCCACCAUUUAAAUGAACAAGAUAUUAAAUGGUAUGAAUGUGACAAGUGUGCCUAUAGAAGUAAACUGAAAGAAACUCUAAGAGUUCACAUAAACGCGAUGCAUUCAGACGGACAAGACAUUAAAUGGUACAAGUGCAAAGAGUGUCCAUUCAGAAGUAAAUUUCAUUCGAGUUUAACUAAACACUCGAAGUUGUGUCACCUAGAUGAAAACAGUUUAAAAUGGUAUAAAUGCGAGAAGUGUCCAUACAAAGGCAAACAAAACUCCAAUUUAAAACGUCACAUGAUUGCAUGCCACAUGGAUGAACAUAAUUUGAAGUAUCAAUGUAAUAAAUGCCAGUUCAAGGCUAAAGCUAAGUCCAAUUUAAUGCGUCACAUAAAUCAGCAUCAUGGUAGUGAUAUUAAAUGGUAUGAAUGCCGCAGGUGCCCAUAUAAAAGCACGCAAAACUAUGAAUUAAAAAAUCACAGAAUUGUGUGCCAUUUAGAUGAACGAGGAAUCGAGUGGCAUGAAUGCCAAAAAUGCGAGUACAAAACUAAAUUCAAACAUUCUUUAAAAAGACAUGUGGAGGCGCACCACUUUGAUGGAGGAGAAAUCAAAUGGUAUGAAUGUAAUGAGUGUCCAUAUAGAGCUAAACAAAGUCGGUCGUUGAAGAACCACAUUAUUACGCGGCAUUCAGCUGAACAGAAGUUGGCACAGGAUAACUUGGAUGAUGAAGACAUUAAAUGGCAUGAAUGUAGUGAGUGUCCAUACAAAGUUAAACAAAAGCGGUCGUUGAGGAAACAUAUUUUGAAGCGCCAUUCAGGUGAACUGAAUUUGGGUAAAGAAGAAAUUAAAUGGUAUGAAUGUAGUAAGUGUCCAUACAAAGUUAAACAAAAACGAUCUUUGAAUAGACAUAUUAUUGCGCGCCAUUCGGCUGAACAGAAUUUGACACAAUAAAGCAAUUGUAGUUUUUUGUGCCUUUUUGUUGAAGAUCAAACCGUUUCGUGGUAAAAUUAAAUUUAAACCGCCUUUGUACAAGACAAUAAAUAAAUAAUCCUGAAAUCA